AUGAGUAUAGCGACAAUGUUCUGGCCCCCAGAGUCCAUUGCUACCAGCACUCACCUGGAUAUCUUGCGCAAGGAGCUCAGUGAGACUAGUAUUUUUCAUGCUCUCGCCAGUUUAGAGUGGAAUUCUAUCCUAUGUGACUUGACUAAGAAUAAUGCCGUCGCUUUCUUGUUUCUGAAAAUCAACCAAGACGAUCUGAAAGAUAAACAAUGCAUCAGACUGACAGCAGCAAGAGCAUGCAGCAAGGGGACUGGAGAGAUGCGCAUGCAGCGUCCAGCCGGUGAUAUCCAUCAGACAGGCAGGAAGGAGAAUUUGGGAUGA